UGCCGCUUGUCAUGUCCAGCGGAUGGUUGCAGUCGUCCACUACCUUUGCCCAGACCCACGCGAGAGGCAAAAGAGGGAUCUUCCUACCUCCGAGGAUAGGCCCUCUCAACGCCUGAACGUCCGUCCAGACGAGAAUACGCGAGAGGCGAGCCAUCCAUCCUCCAUAUCAUACGUCGCUUCGAUUGGCCCAUCCGGGUGUGUCUUUUGAGUUUGAUUCGAGACACUGCUUGCCACAAUGGUCCAAAGCACCGGCCUUCCCCUCUGCCCGCCUUGCCAUUCUCCACCGCAGAUGCUGGGACUUAUCGGUCGACACAAGGCCUCGCUUGGUCAAUUCGAAGCCACGCACGGCAGCCAGUAGGAUUUUUGUCUCUUCAAGGGCCUAUUAUGCCCUAUCUACGACAUUGAUAGACUGUUCAGCCGCAUACGGUGUAGACGACAAGCUCUUCAGUCCCAGAUUGUCCCCUCAAAUACUCGACAGUGCCGUCCCGCAUCCCUCAUGUAUAUCUAUUUCUUUGCUAUCUUCCUCAAGUCGGGACAGGAGGAACUCGAGCAGUCCUAGGCACAAUGGCGGAUACCGAUAUAUCCGUGCCUAUUCAGGCACCACCUGAACAGACAAUGAAGAAGAAGUUCAAUUUCUGGACAGCACUUGGUAUUGCAUUGUGCUGCAGUGGAGCAUGGGAAGGUUGGGUCGCAUCCAUGGCACAAGGCAUCGUGGCAGGAGGCUCCGUCGGGUUGUUUUGGGGUUGGAUCUUUGUGUCCAUCGGCAUCACCUUCAUGGCGUGCGCCCUAGCCGAGCUGGUGAGUAUGUGGCCUUCUGCCGGUGGGCAAUACGUUUGGGCAGCCGAGCUGGCCCCCAAGAAAUACAAGGCCUUCAUUAGCUGGUAUGUAGCUUGGCUCAGUAUCGCGGGUCUCUGGCUGGGAGCAGUGUCUUGCUCCAUGGGGGUUGCCGUGCAGACGCAGUCUUAUGUGGCCAUUACACGUUCAUACGACAUGAAGCGAUGGCACGCCUUUCUCAUUAAUGUCCUCGUCAUCGUGAUGUGGGUGGUGGUCAAUAUUUUCUAUGUCAGAGCCAUGCACUGGAUGAACGAGUCCAUUCUAUACAUCCAUGUCGUGGGCUACUUCGUGGUCAUCAUCACAUUGGCCGUGUGCACGGACAACAAGCACGACGCCAAAUAUGUCUUCACCAACUUUGAGAACAACUCAGGCUGGGAACAGGAUGGCGUUGCUUGGUGUGUCAGCCUGUUGCCUGCCUUGUACGCCUUCUUUUCCUUGGACACAGCUGCCCACUACAGCGAAGAAAUCACCAACGCCGACGUGGCCGUUCCACGUGCCAUGUACUUGCAGGCUGUGAUCAACAGUCUCAUGACCAUUCCGUUCGUGAUCACGGUAUUGUUCUGUAUCGGUGACCCGAUCGAUGUGCUGUUCAACUCCCAAAUCGGCUUCACCAGUCCCUUUACCCAGAUCGUACUGAAAAGCACCGGAAGUCCGGCAGCGGCCAUCAUCUUGAACGCCAUCAGCACCUACAUCGCAUUUGCGGCGGGCUUGGAUCUGUGGGGCGCCACUGCAAGAGCUAUGUGGUCUCUUGCCAGAGACGGCGGGCUCCCACAGCUGUUCUCACGCAUCCAUCCCAAAUACGACGUGCCGAUCCCGGCGAUUCUGGUCACGCUGCCCCCGUCGCUCAUCAUCAUCAUGCUUUAUAUCUUCAAUAGCACGGCUUUUUAUGGAAUCAUGGCCGGUGUUCUUGUGGCCUUCCAGCUGUCGUACGUGAUUCCAAUCGCCCUCCACCUCUUCCACGCGCGCAGAAAGUCCAGCCUCUCCCCCGGUCGGUGGUCAAUGGGACGAUUCGGGGUGGUAUGCGACAUAGUGGCCUUGACCUUUGGCUGUUUCAUGAUCAUCGUCAUGUCCUUCCCCACAUAUCAGCCGGUGACGGCAUCUACCAUGAAUUACGCCGUCGCCAUCAUUGGUGCUAUCGUCAUCUUCGCCACGGUGCUCUAUUUCGCCUACGCACGGGGUCGCUAUGCCGGACCAGCCACUGUUUUGGAUGCAGUGCGGGUGGUGAGCAACGCGGCCCUUGACAUAGCCGUCGAGUCCGACGACACGUCCACCAAACUGAAGGUCGAACCGAAGAUGGCGUGAGGAGCGGUCACAAGACAGAGACCCAGCACCGGCCGGAUGUCAGAGGAAUGGUAUACGAUAGAUUGGACGGAACAAGUAGUGUUAUGGCACCACAUAGCGGUCCCAAAGAUGAGGGAUAAGGAUGUAACAAAUAUCUAAGCACACAAUCCCAGCUACAAGAUCGAAUGCUGUCUUGUAUUAUCGUACCGUGGAUGAUAUGACCAACUAUAGACUGUGCCUCC